ACCGACCUCACGUCCUCAACGCACAGCAGUGUUCCUAAACGUUAGCGCUGUCAUACUGUAAUUAGCCGGUUUUCAAUAAAUUUCCGAGCCGUAAACAUGGUGUUUGAAAAUAAGAUGGUCAAAUACGAUGAUCCCGACGACGAGGAGGAAGAAGCUCCUGCUGAAGAAGAAGAAGAGGAAGAAGAAGAGGAGGAGGAGGAAGAAGAGAUGGUGGACCCCCUUGAAACAAUACGAGCCAAGUGUGAGCAAACGGAACACUGUGUGCACUACAGGGAACGUCUGGAGGUCUGCGAAUCCCGGGUUGGCUCCAAGUCCCACACUGAAGAGGACUGCACAGAAGAACUGUUUGACUUUCUGCAUGCACGGGAUCACUGUGUCUCACACAAGCUGUUCCACAACGUCAAAUGACCGGCCAGACCCACAUCCACUACUUGCGUUGCUCUAUAUAGAAUUUAACAUUAAUGUGGCGGUUCUGACAUCUGUUGUCGUUCACUUUUGUGUAAACAUAAACCCAUAUUCUGGGUCUCUGGGCAAAACACAUCAUACCUUCCCCUGUUCAUGAGUCUACAGUGUUUAAGGUAAUAUUUAAGUACUUAAUCUUCAACCAUACUGCAGUUUAUGCAAAGCCUGUAUGCUGCCCCAGGACCAGAGAACCUCAGGUGUAGUCAUGAAUUCAUUGUUCUAAAUGAAAAUAAAUAUUUACUUUGGUUUUCAGUUUG